UACAGUACAACGAUGGAGCUCAGGUUAUUCUUCUUGGUUGUGCUUUUCUGCGCCCUCGCUAUGUCACUUCCGGCCAAUCAUGCAAGAGAACGAAGGACGACCAACCCAGUAAUCAGAAGCAAAGGACGAGAUGCUAUGCAGACGAAACACAGACUGGAAUCGGUUCGGUUUGGUUCAAGGUACGGGAGAGCAUGGCAACCACCAAGCACACUGGACGAUAAUGUAUACGGCGCUGACAAAUACGACGACGAAACUUUUCAAUUCAGAAACCUACCCCUCAUAGAGCAACUCAUCGCGCAACUUGAAAAGGCAGAAGAAAACGGGGGUUAUUAAUGGAUGAAAACAUUGCACUGGGACAAUAGUUAUUCAACAUAAAUCAUUUUUUAAUGAAAAAAAAUAGAAAACUAUCAAAAUAUUGCCAGAUUGAAUAUAAAUCAUCUUUUUGAAUUACUGGAUUGUAACCGGUAUCAUGGCCAAUGAUGUCGACGAGACUGUAACCAUAAGUCAAUGUACUUUCACGUUGGGAUCACAUAGAGGUUUAUAUUUUUUGGUAUGUGUGUCCACAUUAAAUUUAUUCAUGAUUCAUGUGUGUCAUGAUUUAUUCGUCUUUUGGGAUCAGGUGUGCACUGCUCCAAGAAUAAUUUCGGCGCAGAGAUUUUCUGAGCGCCAUGUUUUAUUUCACCCCUACUGCACUCGAGUGUCCGGAGGAUAAGUUAGGAGCAUUUUAGCAUUGAGGGAUAUUGUAGAUAACUGAUGUUAAACUUAGCUCUGUACCAUUUCAAAAUGUUUUCGAAAUAAUUAUACUUAAGCAUUAUCUUAUUUCAUUAUUUUUUAUUAGUACUGAAAAACUGACAUUUGUUCAAUAUAUCUCUAUCAUAGCACUCGAAUUUCAGGACCUCUCAAUCAUGUUAUUACGUUAGACUUUCUCACUGUGUUACAGUUUGUCAGACUAUUAGAGUCAGUCUCUUUGAACAAUCGAGUUUUACUGAAAAUAUUUUCUAUCAUCCGUUUUCUUGAUAUAGCGAUUUAAGAUAUAAUAUAUAGUGAAUGAUUAGAUAAAUUGUAAUAUAACUUUCUUCUUGAUACAUUUUUAAGUCUUGUAUCAAUGUCUUAUUUUCUUUGGAUAAAACAAUCCUAUUCAACGAUGAUGUUACGUUAUAAAUGUCGAUAUCCAUGUAAAUACCGUUUACAAUGAAUUAGAUGAAAUGCAAUUGUAGAUACUAUAUUCUUCGGUUUUUCUGCAAUCUUACAAUUCGCUGGAUGCGCUUUCCUUCCGAAGUUAUUAGGUUAAAUUGGGAAGAAAACCAAACAGAUUAGAAAUUCAUAUCGUAUCCAUUCUUAAAUGAAAUGACAAAGUCAAUUGCCUGUUAUAAUUUCUGAUGCCAUGCAGGUAAUAUUUAGCCAGCGAAGCAUGUUGACAAUGCCAUUCGAACAUGUCGAACGUCAGGACAAAACAAAACUUCUUAUAACAUCAAUUUUUAAUAGUUUACAAUCUGACAGACAGUGAACUAGUUUCAUGAGAAUUCUACUUCAAUUUUAUAUUUGUCAGUGUAUGAUGGUGACUAAUUUUAAUUGUAGAAUUUAAAAGAUACAAUGAUUUUUAGAA